AUGGGUCUACUUUUAGCAGUUAAUGCCGGUUCUAAUAAAGAAGCAAGAUUUAUAAUUAUAGAAUAUCUAGGGAAUCCUAGUUCAAAAGAAAAACUUGGCCUUGUUGGUAAAGGAAUCACUUUUGAUAGUGGAGGAUAUUCUCUAAAAUCAUCAGAUUUUAUGAUAAAUAUGAAAUUCGAUAUGUCAGGAGCAGCUGUGGUGACUGGGGUUAUGUACGGGCUUUCUUGUCUUAAGCCUAACAUUAAUGUAAUAGCUGUAGCUGGAUUAACUGACAAUAGAAUUGGUCAAAACGCCACUUUAGUAGAAAGUGUUGUUAAAUCAUUGAGUGGUAAAUAUGUAGAAAUUGGUGACACUGAUGCUGAAGGAAGAUUAGUUUUGGCAGAUGGGAUUAGUUAUCUUGUCGAAAAAGCUAAUGUUGAUAAAGUAAUUAGCGUGGCUACUUUAACUGGAUCAUGCAGAAGAACUUUGGGAGAAUGA